AACGCAGGCUGUCACCUCCCCUCCGUCGAGCUGUCAGUUGACAGCCACACACACGUAAAGGGCUCGGGAUUUAGCUGUUGCGGAUAGAGCUGUUAGUACUAGAUAUGUCUCGUAACGUUUUAAUAGCGACCGGGCGAAGCCAGAUACCUUCAGCGCAAUAGACAGUCAGUGAGCUCUGUGGACUGACCUCCAAUACGCAACGUGACGAGCGCUUAAACGUUGGCUAGCUGUAGCGGCUAGUGGGUUAGCUUAGCUAGCUGAUGAACGGAGCUUUUCCAGCUGCAAGGACUGCGCGGUGAAGUGCUCUCGGUUCCUCCGUAGCCGUCAUUCAUCUCACGGGCUAGCUUGCUUGCUAUCGAAGGUCAGGGAACAGUGAGGAUCGGAUUGGAGCUACCGUAAUGGUAGCAAUCUCUAUGGCGCUUUUAGACUGUAGUCUGAGCAUAAUUAGAGUACAUGCAUCAGUCUCUACGUUGUAAUCGUUACCUCCAUAGGGGGUUCUCGGUGUGAUUUAAAAAAAUCGGUAAUAUUUUGCAUCCCGGUGAUUAGCUGUGUGGCUAUCUGCCUUGGCUAACGGCCACUCGGAGGGUGGCUCGCCUCGCUCGGCUGCUGAGAGCCCGGAGACAAGUCGAGGAAGGAAGCGGUGACUUGUGAUGUGGGCUGGAAUGAAGUGGCGAGCUGUUCAGCGAACGUAGAAAGGGCAGUAUUAGCCGAAGUAGAUUGGAUUCUAGUUUGUCUAGAUAGGGGCAUAGCACCAGUGAGGAAAGGUCGGAUUAAACACAAAUCAGGACGCUUGUAAUAGCUAGUUGGCUGAAUGAAUAGUGUCUCUAUUCGUUGAGACGGGAGCUGGUGGUAGAAAGAGAAAAAGUAACGCAACGAUAUUCUAUACGGGCUCAUAAGCACACAUUUUACUGCUCUGAAAGAUGGCUUCGGCGAGUGCUAUUGUCGCAUCUAUUGCGAGUAAAACGAAGACAAAGAAGAAACACUUCGUUGCCCAAAAAGUGAAGCUUUUUCGUGCCAGCGACCCUCUGCUCAGCGUGGUGAUGUGGGGAGUCAACCAUUCGAUAAACGAGCUAAGCCAUGUCCAGAUUCCUAUCAUGCUCAUGCCAGAUGACUUCAAGGCCUACUCCAAGAUUAAAGUGGACAACCACCUCUUCAACAAGGAAAACAUGCCAAGCCAUUUUAAGUUCAAGGAGUACUGCCCUCUGGUGUUCCGCAAUCUGCGCGAAAGGUUUGGCAUCGACGAUCAGGACUUUCAGAACUCUCUGACGCGGAGCGCGCCACUGAACAGCGAGUCCCAAGGGCGGAGCGGCGCCCGCUUCCACACCUCCUACGACAAGCGCUACGUCAUCAAGACCAUCACCGGCGAGGACGUGGCCGAGAUGCACAACAUCCUCAAGAAGUACCACCAGUUCAUCGUGGAGUGUCAUGGCAACACGCUGCUGCCUCAGUUCCUGGGGAUGUACCGGCUGACGGUGGACGGCGACGAGACGUACAUGAUCGUCACGCGCAACGUCUUCUCGCACCGCCUCUCCGUCUACAAGAAGUACGACCUGAAGGGUUCUACUGUUGCAAGAGAAGCCAGCGAUAAGGAGAAGCAGCCGCGCCCCCCAGAGGACGUGCCCCCGCGGCCCAAAUCUGGCAACGUUCAGCAAAGGCUGCAAACACUGCGGAUUGCCACGCGCUUUUACUGCGCAAUGAAACACGUAAGAGAUGCCAAGGAGCUGCCCACCUACAAGGACAACGACUUCAUCAACGACGGGCAGAAGAUCCACAUCGACGACGAGAACAAGAAGAUGUUCAUGGAGAAGCUGAGGAAAGACGUGGAGUUCCUGGCCCUGCUCAAGCUGAUGGACUACAGCCUGCUGGUGGGAAUCCACGACGUGGAGCGGGCCGAGCAGGAGGAGGUGGAGAGUGAGGACAACGAGGGCGAGGACGACGGCGAGAGCGACGGCGGGGUGGGCACGCCGCCCGACAGCCCCAGCAACACGCUGGACAGCGCCAAGCCGCUGUCGCCCGGCGAGUUCGACCCCACCAUCGACGUCUACGCAAUCAAGAGCAACGACGGCGCCCCCCGGAAGGAGGUGUACUUCAUGGCCGUCAUAGACAUCUUGCAGCACUACGACGCCAAGAAGAAGGCUGCGCACGCCGCCAAGACCGUCAAACACGGGGCCGGAGCGGAGAUCUCCACGGUGAACCCGGAGCAGUACUCCAAGAGGUUCCACGACUUCAUCACCACCAUCCUGUCGUAGCCCCCAGGAGUCACGCUGGAGGAAAGGGGGACGG